UCUUUCAGGAGAAAGAAUAGAACAUAAAAGAUGAAAUAAAUGUAGAUAAAAGAUCAAGGCAUAUAUAAUUUCUAUAGAUAGGGAAUAUUGAUGGAGAAUUAUUUUGAGGGGCAAGCUUUUAUAUUGCUUAGUCUUUUACCGAUUCCCGCUUCCGCUGAAACAAUAGCAGACACAUGGACUGCAGGAGUUGAACUGGUGUUUGCAAAUUCUGGCAGCCGUCAAACAUUUCCAGCAGAUAAUGGAAAUUUAUAAGCGAAGAAAAUGGAAUACGAUAUAAAAUUUAAGAAAAUAUACAUAUAGAGUAUCCGAAAUAAAAGUACUCGUUAGACUUAAAUAAAAAGUUGAAAUUUUUCUGACUUAAACGAGAAACUAAAGAUUAGCAAUAUACAAGACAUAAUUAUUAUAAAAAUAGUAUAUUUCUUUUUUCUCUGAUCAGGAAGAAGAAAACGUUGAAAAUACUCCUGAAAUUUUGGUCGGUUCAAAGUGGACGGGAAUAUGGAUAACAUGGGGUGGUGGUUUCAUUUCCGCUGGUAUCGAGGGGGCAAUGAAACCUUUAGUGAUGCAGGAAUAUAAGAAAAAACAUGGAAUUACAAGCUUGUAUCCAGAAACGUUUCUGUAUUAUGGAGUUCGCGGGACGAACGUUUUAUGGAGCACCGCGUUCUGUCACGCUCAUUGCGAGACACAUACGACUUUCGGCAUUGAUUUUUCGAAAGUUUGGGCCAUGCAAAAAAAUAACGAUACGAUCGAUGUUCGGCUUUUCGUUCGUGCGAGCCAAAAUAUCCAAAUACGUUUGUAUCAAACUCCAUCGAUAGAAUAUCCCUCUGUGACGGUAAUAAUAAGUAAAGACGUUACGACACUUACGUAUCAAGAAUUCGAAGAAUCGUCGAAACAUUAUUUAAAAGAGAUUUCCACCUCAGGCUUGCUCGAUUUUUGGUCAUGGAGAGAGUUCAGUAUCAGCAUUUUUGGCGGACAUUUACGCGUGUAUUCACAUAAGCAGAGAGGUGCUAUUGAAUUAUUGUACAUGAACGAAAUCUUUUUUGCUAGUUUGAGGUGGUUUAGCAUUGGAAGCGAAAAGACAAUAGCUCAAUGGACGCUGUUUUGUUCUCCGGAAGGUAACAUUCCUCGAUUUAAAUCUUCGUGUUACGCGUAUUUAUCGUCAGAUGUGCGUAAUUUAAAUUUCAUAGUAGAAUGCAAUUAUACUGAAGAAAAUAUACUCAAUAAAUGAUUCUACGCCGAUACGAAAGGCGAUUAUAAGAAACUUACGUUUAAAUAGAAUCAGAUGCGGUAGAGGAUGCUUGGCCACCAAAUUGUUUGUCCGAUAUAGGAGAUUUUCAAUUCAAAGGUACACAAUGGACAAGCAUUAAUGAAAUUCCAUGUAUUCCAUGGAUAUCGAAAGAAGUAAGAAAUAUACUUAGGAAAAGGUUAUUAAUAUAUCAAGCUAAAGAUGUUAAUUAAAAGACAAAUGAUUUUGACAUGAUUCAGACACUCGAUCUUUCAGACAGUACAUACUUACAUAACGCGUGCAAUCAUAGUACAUAUGUAAAUCUGUAUUACAAUGAACAACAAUAAUUGUUGCAAUUACUGUAAUAAUUACUGUAAACAUGAAAUUUUUCAUUUGGUAUACGCAUGUCUUUUAAUAAGAUCCCAGCAGAGAGUAAAUCUGUAUUACAAUGAACAACAAUAAUUGUUGCAAUUACUGUAAUAAUUACUGUAAACAUGAAAUUUUUCAUUUUGGUAUACGCAUGUCUUUUAAUAAGAUCCCAGCAGAGAACAAAGAUGACAAAAAUUUUAUCGACGGGUCUGCUUUGAAGGCACUUAAUAAAUGUAGAAAUCCCACUCGCGACUCCAAUGGUCCCUAUUGUUACGCAUACAUCCCUUGGGAGAGUGUAACGAUUUCAAAACGAUAUUGCUCCGUUCGAAAAUGUAGA